AUGGCUGCCUCAGUACUUCGGCUGACAAUUGUCCUGGGACUGCUCUUCUUAAUCUUGACCUGCCAUGCAGAUGAUAAACCAGAUAACAAGCCAGAAGACUCAGGCAAAAGCCCAGAGCCAGAUUUCCCCAAAUUCCUAAACAUCCUAGGCACAGAGAUCAUUGAGAAUGCAGUUGAGUUCAUCCUCCGCUCCAUGGCCAGGAGCACAGGAUUUAUGGAAUUUGGUGAUAAAAAAGGAGAACGUUCAUCAAAGUGA